CGUAAUCUUUCCAACUAAAAAGGGGAAAAAGCAACAGAAAUAUGGUGUUAGAAUGGGGUCAUGAUAUAAUCAACAUUAUAGUAGCCAUAACACCAUUAUAUGUUGCAGUGAUUCUAGGAUUUGUUUCUGUAAAAUGGUUUAAGUUUUUUUCACAAGAACAAUGCAGCACCAUUAACAGAUUCACUAGUUAUUUCACUCUACCGUUCUUCACUUUCAAUUUUUUCGCCCAUGUUGAUCCUUUUGAUUGGAAUUAUGCAUUUCUCGGUGCAGACGCAUUUUCCAAACUCAUAAUUCUAAUUGUUUUAGUUGCAUGGGUUAAGUGUAGUAGUAACGGAAGUUGGGGUUGGUUAAUAACAAAUUUCUCAUUGUUAACCAUAAUGAAUUCUGCGGCCGUGGGAGUGCCUGUUUUGAAAGCCAUAUAUGGUGAUAAUGCAGUUGCUCUUGUUUCUCAAGGUUACGUAAUCCAACAGACAGUUUGGUCAUCUGUUGUUAUGUUCAUUUUCGAGUUUCAUAAGGCGAGCCAGUCUUCACAAGUUGUGGAUGCUGAUGUAGUUACAGAUUUAGAAGGAAACAAGCAAUUAGUAGUUGUAAUCACUACUACAACUAGACCUUCAUUUUUGAAUCCGGCGAAGAUUGUUAUGCUUAAACUUGCUCAAAAUCCUAAUACCUACGCUGGUAUCCUGGGAAUCACUUGGGCUUUUAUCUCAAACAAGUGGCAUAUUGAAAUGCCGAGGAUCAUUGACGGAUCGGUAUUGAUCAUGCAGAAAGCAGCAAUUGGCUGUUUCAUGUUUACUAUAGGGCUUGUCACUGCACUGCCGGAAAAAGUUAUUGCGUGUGGAUCAAAGUUGACAGUUUUCGGUCUGGCAUUAAGGUUUUUUGGUGGACCAGCUGCGAUGGCCGUAGGCUGCAGAGCUGCUGGUUUGCAUGGGGAUAAUCUACAUAUUGCGGUUAUCCAAGCAGCAUUACCGUUGUCACCCUUGGCUUACGCAUACGCGAAACAGUAUGGGCUGCAUGCGGACGUAAUCUGUAGCGCGUUGAUCAUUGGAACGAUGGUUUCUCUGCCUGUCCUGAUUGUAUACUUCCUAGCAUUCGAGUAUUGGAGUUGAUUCUCUGUUUCUCUUUUUUUAACACAAACAAA